AUGUCGAGAACCCAAGGUACUGAGGAAAUCGCGAGGAACCAAGGUGACGAGGAAUCUCGAGGAACCCAAGGUACUGGGAAUCGUCGAAGAACCAAGGAACGAGGAAUCGUCGAGGACAAAGUAACGAGAAUCGUCGAGAACCAAGUACUGAGGAAAUCUCGAGGAACCAAGGUAAUGAGGAAUCGUCGAGAACCCAAGGUGACAGGAAAUCGUCGAGAACCCAAGGUGAAGAAAUCGUCGAGGACCAAGGUAACUGAGGAAACCAGGACCAAGUUGAUGAUCGAGUGUACAAAUCGUCGAGGAACCAAGGUAGAGAAAUCGUCGAGGAAAUCGAGGACCCAAGGUAACGAGGAAAUGUCGAGGAACCCAAGGAACGAGGAAAUCGUCGAGAACAAGGUAACUGAGGAAAUUGUCGAUGAAACUUUCGAGGUACGCAAGGUGACUGAGGAACCCGUCGAGGAUCCCAAGGUGACAUGGAAGAGACUGCGGAGACAACUCGUCGAGGAACCCAAGGUAACUGAGGAAAUCGUCGUGGAUCCCAAGGUGACUAAGGAAAUCGUCAAGGAACCCAAGGUAACUGAGGAAAUUGUCGAGGAAACUUUCGAGGUACGCAAGGUGACUGAGGAACCCGUCGAGGAUCCCAAGGUGACAUGGAAGAGACUGCGGAGACAACUGGGAGCCCAAGGAUCCUCUUGA